GGGGACUCAUUUCCUGAAAUGAGCCCAAACAAGCUUAGGUUUCAAAGAUAGAGCAGGGGAAAAAGAAACCCCUAAAAAGGGUAACUCCCUUUGGAUUUUCUCUUCCUCCUCCCAUAAUUGGUCCCAAACAAAGAAACUGCAAUAUGGGUUUUUCUCUAUUGCUCCAAAAUUGAAGGCAUGGGUAUUUAUUUAUUUGUUUAUUUAUUUAUUUAUUUUGGGUUCUGGGAUCUCCUCUGUUUCAUGUUACCCACCCUCAUUUCAACAUUUUUGUGCUGAAUCUGGGUUUUUUUUCUUUUUUCUUUUAAUUCUUUUUUCUCAUGGAUACAGGAGAACCCAGUUCUUGACACAAAGGGAAAGAAGGAUCUCAGAUCAGGGAAAACAGAAAAAAAGAAAAAAAAAAAAAGAAGAAGAAAAACUUGGUGCCUCUUCUUUCUUUAUAUACUUAUCAAGGUUAUUUUCUUUCGCGGUAAUGGAGAGCGAGGAAUGGGAAUCAUAUCCUUGUUCCUACAUUGAAUGUGAGGCCAAAGAUCAGAAAAUUAUUUCGGAAGACGCUUACGACCAAGAUGAAGCCACACUAAUAUCCUUGGACACCAUUUUGCCGGACGACCUCCUAGAAAAAGUUCUUUCCUUCUUACCGAUCGUGAGCAUCAUCCGGUCGGGCUCCGUCUGCAAGAGAUGGUACAAGGCAGUCCGCUCGCAUCGUUACACGUGGUGCGACAUCUCGCCGCAGAAGCCGUGGUAUUUCAUGUUCACGUGUAGCGACGAAUCCGUCGAUGGCUUCGCUUACGAUCCGAUCCUUCGGAAGUGGUAUGACUUCAAUUUCCCAUGCAUUGAGAAGAGCAACUGGUCUACUUCUUCGUCUAGCGGAUUGGUUAGUUUAAUGGAUAGUGAGAACAGGAGCCGCAUUUUUGUCUGCAAUCCUAUAACUCGGGAUUCGAAGAGGCUUCCGGAAGCUCCGGGAGGAAAAUCGCCUGAUUAUAGCGCAUUAGCUAUAUCGGCGAAAAAGAAGUCGCAUUCAUACACUGUUGCAGUGGCAAAGUGUAAGCAGGUACUGGAGGAAUACUACCAGUGGGACUUUUCGAUUCAUAUUUACGAAUCUGAGAGUUGUUUGUGGGUCACUUCGAUCAGUGAAACUUUAGUCGGGUGGAGAGGAGGUGACGAGUGUGUUAUUUGUGACGGCAUUUUAUACUAUCUUAUUUACUCCAUCGGUGUCUUGGGAAACAUCGAGCCCCGUCAUUGUUUGAUUAUGUAUGAUCUCUCAAUCAGAACUUCUCAUACUUCUUUGAUGCAAUUGGCGAUUCCAGUUCCGUGUUCUCUCACUUGCGGUAGGCUGAUGAACGUCAGAGACAAGCUGGUUUUGGUUGGUGGGAUCGGGCGGCACGAUCGGCUGGGGAUUAUCAAGGGGAUAGGCAUUUGGGAGCUUGAUAAGAAGGAGUGGCAUGAAAUUGCUAAAAUGCCGCAUAAGUUCUUUCAAGGUUUUGGGGAGUUUGACGAUGUUUUUGCGAGUAGUGGCUCAGAUGAUCUGAUCUUCAUACAGAGCUACGGAUCACCGGCUUUGCUUACUUUUGAUUUGAGUCAGAAACUGUGGAAGUGGUCAGUCAGAAGCCCCGUGACGAAGAGAUUCCCCCUGCAGCUAUUCACUGGCUUCUGCUUCGAACCGAGGCUCGAGAUCGCCCCCUAAGUUUGAUGUUGUUUCAUUGCUUUGAAUUUGGUUUAUUGGAAAUCGCAGAGUUUGCUUUCCUUUUUGGAGCCACAGUAAGAACAAUAUGUGGAUCUUGCGAAUGCAAAAAAAGAAAGAAAUGUUACAUUUCAUAGAGAAUAUCAUUUUUGUGCUACCACAUACAAUUUUCUUUUCUUUUCUUUUCUUUUCUUGAAUUAUAGAUCUAAGUUCUAACUGUUCAUAUAUGUGAUGGUGCAUUAAACUCUUCA